AUGAACAAUCAUAAGACUUAUAUGAGGUAUUAUCUUUAACAAAAAAUAUUGAUUAAUAAUUUCUUAAUGGAGUUCUAGAAUUAUUGAGAAAUUAGAAAAACAUAAAUAGUAUAUAAUUUCUUUAAAAACACUAGGAAGACUAGAAUAACAAUUAAUUCUAUAUGGAAGAGAAAGCUGAUUCAAAGGCGACUUUUAGUUGAUAAUUAAAAUUCUAAAAAUCUUAGUGAAAUCGACUAUCAUAAGAAGAAUUAUUCGGCUGAGAUAUUCGAACAAUAACAUAAGGAUUUAAUUUAAUAAAUUGCUUAUGAUAGGGUUAUUAUUGAAUUUUUAAAAUUUCUUGUACUUUUGACAUCCAUUGAUGAGAGAUUUUUCUAAUGUGGAUCCGACUCAAUUAACUUAUUAGUCAAAAUGAAGGUGAAUUUGAGGGAAUAAACCUUAGAGAAUAUUAGGAUUAGAGAUACUAAUUUGAUUGGUGGAAAUUUCGCAAAGUGCAACUUAAAUGGGUAGGAAUUUCAUAAUGUUGAUAUUAGUGGAAUAAACUUGAAUUAAGCUUAAUUGUUUAAUAGUAUAUAAAUUAGAUGGCCAUAGUUAAAAUAAUAUUCUUCCCUAAAGUGGUAUUUGUUUUUCACUAUUCUUAGCCCCUAUUAUAUUAUCAUUCUAAAAAUGUCCUACAAUCCCAACUUAGAUGCUUAAGGAGCUUUAAUCUUGAAACGAGAGUUUGUUGAUCAGAAAGGAUAUGAUUUACUAUCAUUAUUUAAAUCUAAAAAGGUAGUUUUAUUUUAGAGAAUGGUUUAAAAUAAUCUAAUUUCGAAAAAAGUGUUUAAGCUUUAAAAUUUUAUGGAUGAAAAUAACUACUUUGCACAAUUUAAUAUGCCAAUUAUUUACCAAAUAUUAUUUCUAUCAAUAAUAAUAGUAUUGAUUAUAUAUAUUCAAAUUAUUAGAGAGAGAUUUUUGUUAAUUUGA